AUGAAUAACUUUGCGGAUUCGAUUUCUUCUUCUUCAUCUGAUGAUGAUGGUAGCUCUGAUGAAGAUGACUUGGUGUUGCACAUGUUGUUGUCUGCGACACGCAAAAGGGUGCAACAAAGAGGCGAAAGUUCAAAAAUCGAGAAGAGGCAUACAAUUUCCAUAGUUUGGGAUCGUAUGGCGGCACACGAGUUUUUGGUAUGUGAUUACUUUGCCCCUGAUAGUUUGUACGACCUAUCAAAAUUUGAAGACCGACUCCGUAUUAGUAGAAAUUUAUAUUUACGUAUAGUUAGAGAUUUGGAAAACAAUUAUGAGUUUUUCCAAUUGAGAUGGGAUGCAAGAGGUAAACGUGGUUUUAGUACAAUACAAAAAUUCACAGCAGCCCUUAGACAAUUGGCUUACGGCAUAGCCGCAAACGCGUCAGAUGAGUAUCUGAAAAUGUCUGAGAGGACUGGGCGAGAAUGUACUUAUCUUUUUUAUGAGUAUGUCAUAGAGCUUUAUGGUGACAUAUACUUGCGACAUCCAACUAGAAAUGAUAUCGAACAGUUGUAUGUCGCUCAUGAAGCUAAGCAUGGCUUACCAGGUGUAACAUCCCGAAUUCCCAGAGCAGAGGAUGAUUCCCUUCAGUCAAUCAGUACUCGUUUGGAUGGAAAGAAUUAUAUGUAUUGGAGUUACGUUAUGAAGAACUUCCUUCGUGGGAAGAAUAUGUGGGGCUAUGUUACUAGGACUAAAGCCAAACCCUCAGUGCCUCAAAUUGAGAAUUUUGAUAUGUUGCUUAAUGCUUGGGAGACUGGUAACUCCAAGGAUAUUACUUGGAUCAAUAACUCUGUUACUCAGUCCAUUGGUAUGCAGUUGGCUAAGUAUGACACAACAAAGGAAGUUUGGAAUCACUUGGAGACACUGUAUACUCAGUCCAAUUUUGCUAAACAAUACCAGUUGGAAUAUGAUAUUCGUGCCCUUCAACAGAGUGACCAGAGAAUUCAAGAUUUCUAUGCGUCUAUGUCUGAUCUUUGGGAUCAAUUGGCUCUUACUAAAUCUAAAGAGUUACAAGAUUUUAAGCCUUACAUUCCUAGGAGGGAAGAACAACGCUUGUGUCCAUUGUUAGUUAACAAGGGUAACUCUGGUCAACCUCAGUCAGGGCAACAAAAUAGGUCUGGUCAGCAGAAGUUUCAGUCGCGUUCAUCUGGUACUCCUCCAUGGACCCCUCGGUCUCCACAGUUUGUUGUUGUUGCUAUUCCACCAGUUGACACAGAAUCUGUUGGACAUAUGUCACCAUCUGCAUUGGAUCCCAAGGUGUUUGAGAGCUUUAGACAAUAUUUGGCUUCUAAUCCCACUGCCAUGUCUGCAUCUAUGUCUCAUUCUGGUCCUUCUUCAUCUGACACUUCAGUCAUUUAUGCAAGUCUGGAUCAACACACCCAGAAGGUGAUUGGGAUCGGCCGUAGGGUGGGGGAACUAUAUGUCUUGGAGGUCCUCAAAGUAUCUACUAUUGUUGCUUCCAGCACUGAUUUAUCUUCUUUUCGUUUGAGUCCUUUAUCACCUGAGUUUUAUCUUUGGCAUUCUCGUUUGGGACAUGUGUCUGUAUCACGUUUGAAUUUCUUAGCAUCUAGUGGUGUUUUGGGUCAUUUAAACUCUUGUGAUAUUUCUGAUUGUAGUGGUUGCAAACUAGCAAAAUUUUCUGGUUUACCCUUCAAUAAAAGUAUGUCUUGUUCUACUGCUCCUUUUGAUAUUAUUCAUUCUGAUGUGUGGGGUCCUGCACCAGUAUCCACAAAGGGUGGGUCAACCUAUUAUGUAUCUUUUAUAGAUGAUUAUACUCGAUAUACAUGGGUUUAUCUUAUGAAACGCAGAUCUGAUUUCUUUGAUAUUUACAACAAUUUUAGAGCUCUUGUUAAAACUCAACAUUCGGCUGUGAUUAAGUGCUUCAGGUGUGACUUAGGGGUGAAUAUAACUCUAAUGAUUUCCCUCAAUUACUUGCUUAUGAUGGUCCCUAGUGCCUUUUGGGGAGAAGCAGUCCUAACUGCUGUGUAUGUGAUUAAUCGUAUCCCUACUUCAUUGAAUUCAGGAAUAUCUCCUUUUGAGAAGUUAUAUGUUCAUUUACCAGACUACUAUUCCUUACGAGUUUUUGGAUGUACUUGUUUUGUUCUUCGUCCUCAUGUUGAAAGGAACAAGUUGGGGCCGAAAUUUGCUAUUUGUGUAUUUUUGGGGUAUGGUAUUGGUCAGAAAGGAUACCGUUGCUACGAUCCUGUGAGUCAGAAGUUAUAUGUUUCCCGACACGUUAUUUUUUUGGAACAUAUUCCUUUCUACUCGAUUCCUGCUACAACCCACAAUGUAACAAAGUCUGAUCUUCUGCGUAUUGAUCCUUUUAAUGAAGAUAUAGAGGCUCAAGACUCAUCUACGCCACAUGAUCCCUCAACACAUGAAACACCCGCUUCUUUAGAGGGUGCCUCGACUCCACCAGUUCUUGAGCUUGAUCCUCCGAUUAUUGAAGUUGAGGAUCCACCUCCACCACCACCCCCCAGGAGAUCUUCUCGUCUUGUCAAGUCCACCAAGCUACCAGAUUUUUCUUACUCUACAUAUUCAGGACCAUUUGCUUCAUUUAUAGCAAGCAUCCAUCAUCUGUAUGAACCUGAAUCAUAUAGAGAAGUUGUUUCAGAUCCUCUUUGGCUGAAUGCUAUGGCUAAAGAACUCAUUGCUCUUCAUCAGACUCAUACAUAG